AAUGUUUUGGAGCUUAAUAUAAAAACAGUUCACCGUCAGUAUUUAAUGCCAGUGUGUGAUUGCACACACAACAGACUCUUAACAUGAUUCACAGUUUGUUCCUGAUCAACAACACUGGAGACAUAUUCCUGGAAAAACACUGGAAGAGUGUGAUAAGCCGCUCAGUAUGUGAUUACUUUUUCGAAGUUCGGGAGAAAGCAGUGGAACCUGACAACGUCCCACCCGUUAUUCCCACUCCUCAUCACUACCUUAUUAACAUCUACCGGCACAAAAUCUUCUUUGUUUGCAUCAUCCAGACAGAAGUUCCUCCUCUCUUUGUUAUUGAAUUUCUUCAUCGAGUUGCAGAGACGUUUCAGGAUUAUUUUGGAGAAUGCUCUGAGGUUGCUAUUAAAGAGAACAUGGUAAUUGUGUACGAACUUCUUGAAGAAAUGCUUGAUAAUGGCUUUCCUCUUGCAACAGAAUCCAACAUCCUGAAAGAGCUUAUUAAACCUCCCAAUAUUCUGCGCUCUAUGGUCAACACUAUCACAGGCAGCAGUAAUGUUGGUGAGACUCUGCCCACUGGACAGCUAUCCACCGUCCCGUGGAGGAGAGCUGGUGUAAAGUACACUAACAACGAAGCCUAUUUUGAUGUAGUUGAAGAAAUCGAUGCCAUCCUGGAUAAAUCCGGCAUGACAGUGUUUGCUGAAAUCCAGGGAGUGAUUGAUGCUUGUGUAAAACUUACAGGCAUGCCAGAUCUCACACUUUCCUUUAUGAACCCCAGGAUCCUGGAUGACGUAAGCUUCCAUCCUUGUGUGCGUUUUAAGAGAUGGGAGUCGGAGCGAAUCCUCUCUUUCAUCCCUCCAGAUGGAAACUUCCGACUCAUGUCGUAUCACGUGGCCGCGCAAAAUUUGGUAGCAAUUCCAGUGCACGUGAAGCAGAACAUCAAUUUCUUUGAGACGGGCUCUUCUGGAAGAUUGGACAUUACUGUGGGUCCUAAGCAGACCAUGGGAAAGACGGUGGAGUGUUUGGUGGUGACGAUACACAUGCCUAAAGUGGUACUCAGUGCCAACCUUACAGCAACCCAAGGCACCUUCACGUACGACCCAGUAACUAAGAUUUUGGUGUGGGACAUCGGGAAGCUGAACCAACAAAAGCAACCAAAUCUGAAAGGAAGUCUGAGCUUACAGACCGGAGCCCCUAAACCAGAGGAAAAUCCCAGCCUGAACAUUGACCUCAAGAUUCAACAGUUAGCCAUUUCAGGACUGAAAGUGAAUCGACUGGACAUGUACGGAGAGAAGUACAAACCAUUCAAAGGUGUAAAAUACCUAACAAAAGCUGGAAAGUUCCAAGUCAGAACUUGAGGAUGUCUACAAACACUCCAACUAUUCAUAAACUUGCCAAAAAUGUAUUUAUCUAAUCGAAUGUUUGACAAAUCAUUUUUACAAUCUGCCAGCGUGGUGGCUUUUGUGGGUGGAAGAAAAUGUGGAAUUGUGUCCAUAAGCAUUAUGUGAAGUUCUUUAUUUUGACAGAGAGCAUUCCUUUUUUAUAAUUCUUGCAGAAUAGUAGAUGUACAGGGUGCAAUUGAUGACCUGUAUGAGCCAGAUUGAUUUUGAUUACUUGUUGUUUUAACCGGAUAGUGCCAGCAUUAUCGCCAGACAGUGCACAAGAUGAGCAUUUACUUUACCUUUAACAUGAUGCACAGAUCUUUAGUGGCCUUUAUAAGGAAGAGCUUUCUUUAUAAGCACAACUCUGCCUUUAGUGGGAGCAUUUUAUACUGAAUGUGCAGUACAGGAUCAACCCUUAAAGCAGUGAUUCUUAACUGGGGAGCCAUUAUGGGUGGCUCAGUGGCAUGUGAGGAAGAUAAAAUGAAUUGAGAAGAGCAGUCAGAUUGCUGAUUAUAAAAUGUACAUUUAAUACAGUGUCAAGUAAAUUGACAUACUCUACAUUACUACAGUGUGUUGGUUCUAAGUCAACAGCCAAUGAAAUCUAAGGUUAACCAAGAUUUAUGCUAUUUAUUGCUAAGGAACUACAAAGGAUCUUCAAAAAGUUUUCGCACUUUUAUAUUUUGGUUGGAAGUGGUGAGGGUGGGAGGAGUAGUAAUCGGCCGUCUCUGAGACUAAGAGAGACGCGUAUAGUCCGGAUUUAGCUCCAUCUGAUUUCCACCUUUUUGGAUGCUCGAAGCUUUAAGAGGAGUAAGAUUUUCAUGUGAUGAUGAUGUGAAAGCAGCGGCGUAUCAGGGGCUACGCGCUCAACCAAAAAUUGCUGAUGGCAUUAAAAAGUUGGUAUGAUGCUGAAAAAAUGCAUCGGAAGGUGACCGUGUAGAAAAGUGAUGGAGUUUGUUUUUUAAAGUUCUUAAUAAUUACAGUUUUUAAAAAAAGUGCAGAAACUUUUUGAAGAACCCUUGUAUGUUGGGUUCUUAUUCUUAAAGCAGUUUAGAGCCACUGCUUUAGAGGACGACUGGAUGGAUGGGUUGUAUCAAUUCACAACUUUUCUCAAUCUAGUCAUAUCCAGUUACCUAGUCUUAUUUCACUGUCUCUUCUGUUGCUGACCAACACUCCUGACCAAGUAGGGUCAUAACUAACACACGUCCUUCCAACACAAGUGCAGUAGCUUAGUGGUCCCCAACCACCGGGCGUGGACCGGUACCGGUCCGUAGGCUAUUUAUUACCGGGCCGCUCAGAAAGAAUAAAUAAUUAGAGAUCGCUAGAAGAGCACUUUUCACUGCAGCAGAGGUCGUAACGGCAGCAGUCCCGCCCUCCCUCAGACGAGCGAAUCAUUGUCCGUGAAAGCUGUAGCAGAGUGUGUCAGCACUGGUGGGCUGACGUGUUUUAUUAUUGCGCCACACAAGUGCCCCAAUUCACAACUUACAAGUUACUGAUAAACCGCCACUGAGGUGCUAAAUUAGUAAUUCACAAAAUAACCAGCUUUUAACUGUGUAGUAAUAUGUAGGUGACUCGCUGCAGAGAUUUUGCAGACUUACAAGCAACACAUUUUAUUUUCUAAUACACAAAUUAAAGGAUUAAUAGAUUGCAUUUGAAAAUAUGUAUACAAACUAAAGGCCUUUACUUUUAUAAACA